AAAAAAAAAGCAGUUCCUGAUUUUAAAUGUUUCAAACUUGACAAGCGCCUCUGCCUAAACCCACAAUCACGCAGCAACGGCAGACCAUGCACAGCGCUGAAGACACCGGAGCAACACCUGAACCAAACAAGACGAUUUCCUGAAACAAGCAACAAUGAAGGAAUAUAAAAUGCUGUUCCACCUAUUGGUCACUUGUUUAUUGACGAUGACGGAGGCGCAAACCCCCACGCCUGAUCCACUUAUGCCCGAUCUCGCUCACAAGGAAACAACUCCGCAUGCUCAAUACCACACAGAAAGCAAAACGUCCGUAUUUCCAGUGACUGAAACACCUCGACCCGUUUUAAGCGCAGCCCUCAACAGCAGGCAAACAACUUCAAGCACACAUUUGAGAUCAACUUCUCCAGGAAUGAAAAUUGAUACACACAAAAUGCAAAUUGAACGCCAAAUAACGACAGAAGAACCAACCAGUAUACAUACAGAACAAGUGACAACUAAAUCAGUUAAUACCGAUUUUGGAACGCAAUCCCCAACAAUGCAACUUCCAACAACAGUUCUACACAAAACGACAAACCCACCAACUCUUCGACAAGUUGUUCCCACUACAAAAUCAUCCGGAACAACUGAGAUUAAUACUGAAAAACCGCCAACAAAAUCAGUCACAGCUAAAUCAGCUACCAGUUCUGGAAGCAACGCAAUAGCAAACGCUAAAAAUGUAGUGACAAACCCGGCAACUACUACCCAAGAAGCAAAGGUACUGACAACCGCAAAAAUGUCUACCGAAAAAAUGACAAUGAAACCAGAUGGGACGGAUAAGACUACGACAUCUUCUCAAAAUGUAGUGACCUAAAAAAACGACUACUCCACUUGUUCCCACUGCUAAAUUAUCCGCGACGACUGAAACGACUUUAUCUGCAACAACACAAGCGACAACAAAAGUUCAAAAACCUACCACCAAGCUUGCGAAGACCGACUAUCCACCUGUGAUCACGAAAUUGCGAACCACAACCCCUACCGUAUAUGAUGAAGAUUACAGAAAGAAGUCAGUGAAACAUGGUAAAAUCGUAGCUGGAAUAAUUGGAACUGCACUGUUACUGAUGAUGGUUGGAUUCCUGGUGAUUUUGUACAAGAAACACAAACUUAAAAAGCAUCAAAUCGCCACCACAGAUUGGGCAGGUCCGACGCCAUUUUUGGAAACGGGAUCCGAGAAUAACGGUCACGUGACUUUGCGAUCGGCCAACAGGAUUUCUCUGACCAGUUUCUUGCCGCAAAGACUGUCCAAACGGCUGUCCCUUUUGGCCGAGUCCGGGGAGGAGAUGCAGGAGAUGACGACCUCAUCUACUUUUGCGGGGAAAGUGGAGAAAAAAGUCGAGGAAAAUGGCCCAAAAGCGAAUAAAACUGAGAAAGCUCAAAUGAACAAACCUGAGAAAUUGGAAGUUGAUAAAACCGAGAAAUCUGAAAUCUCAACAAAAACCGACGAUGUGGUAGUAGUCAACGAGACGGACAAAAAUGGCGAGAUUAAAAACAAUGACGGUCAAACUGAGAAUGCUAAAACUGAAAAAGAGGAGGACAAAGCAUCGGAAAAUACACCGGCCGAACCUGCGACACCUGAAAACCCACCAACAGAUACGAAUAACGAAAACAAAGAAGAAACUGGAAAAGACGGAAUGUAAAAUAUACUGGGAGAUUCGUGAGUUUCAGUAACAGGACUUUUGACAUUUUGAGGACUGUUUAGGACUGUUGGCUGAAAUAACCGCAUUGUUUUUAAGUGUUUAUCGCUAUGGAAACUGUGCUCAUUUUAAAAUCACUUGAAACCCACAAUUAGCCAGAAAUGGUGGAAGCUAUGUAAAGAAAACAACAACAACAACAACAGCUACUACUAAAUGGGUUAUUUCAAAGUUCUAGCGAUGGAGUAAAUCUGUGCAUGUAAAUAAACAAUUUUUCUAUAAUAAAUGUUAGAAGCACAUGUUCGCUUGGUUUUAAAAGGAAGGAUUACAUAUUUAUAUAAAACCCCAAAGAACUGUGAUAAUUGGUAUGCUAAUUAACUGUUAUUUACCUAUUAGUAUUUUUUAAACACUUUUUUGUGCUUAUUAUGAUUUCAGUGAAUGUACAAAAACAUCUAUUGUAAUCCCACAACUUUAAUGGGAAGAAAAUCGUUAAGGGCUUCAUACUUGUACUAAUAUUUAAUACGGCCUUAGACAAAAAUGCGUUGAAAGUAUUUUAUAAAUACUAAAAAAAAAAAAACACGUAUUAUCCGUUCUACUAUUUGCUGGCUAUUAAUAAGUGUUACAGAACUUUUAUUUUUACAAAGCUGUUUUGUAGUUAGAUUAAAAGGUGCACUAUGUAACUUUUUCAUUGAGAGUCCGUUAGUCGCUUGGAGAUGUCAUUGCUCUGCCCGGAAUGUUCCACAGUACGAAGUUAAACAGCUAUAGCUCAAAAAUAAUAAACUAAAAAGGCAUUCUGGUUGUGAGCAUGUUCGCCUCUCCACAGAUCUGACCUGUAACUUGGUCUGGUUUGGUUUCCAUGAAGAUAGAAAGGUUUAAUACUGUAUCAUGAAACAUUUGGAUGAGUGUUGUCUUUUUUUUUUUUUUUGUUCCAAGGAAAUAAAUGCUGUUUUCUGUCUCUGCGCUGGUAUCGGUUCAUAUUGGGUAUCGGCAGGUAUUUAAAACUAUAGUAUCGAAAAUGGUAUCAGAACUGAAAUAACUAGAUCAGAUCCCUAAUUUCUGUACUAAAGCAUUUUUGUUUGUCAUCUUGACUGAAAACCUUAUAUAAAUGUAUUUAUUCAACUCAAAGCAUUCAUUGUUUUAAUAUGUACAUUUUAUAUUUUAGCAUCAUUUGAAAUGUUCUUUUGACUAACUUCCCCAUUUUUUUUGUUGAACAUACUUUUGCAGAUUUUUUUUUUAACCCUAUGAGACACGAUGACUGUAUUUUCCUUAUCUGUAGCUGUAAAUAAUAAGAAUAAUAAAUUAUGAAUGCAUUUGAA